AUGUCGAAAUUCAAUGAAAUUAUUAAAAACUUAAUGUUUGAUGCUGCCCCAAGCGAGGUAUUAUCAGUUUAUAAGUCGUUAUUAGAUCUUACAGACGGAAAAAAUAAAGCUUCGAUUAUUGACGUGCUUCAGGAGUACAAUAUUGCACAUCGCAUUCCUAUCACUAUAGAUGGCACCCCAAGCGUUAUAUCUGAAUAUAAUAAACAAGGUUCUAAAUUCUAUGAUCCAAUAAAGAAGAAAUUGUUUUCAGUUGAUUAUGUGGAAGGAAAUGCGAUGGAUAUAGAACCAUAUGAUGUAGAUGUUCCUGAGGAACAAAUGAAGGUAUUUGAAGAUAUUCAACAGUACCUAAAGAGUACAUUUCCAGCAGAAAGCGCUUGUUCAGUUUUGUCUACAGGCGAAGAAGAUAAUUUAGCUAUUAUUAUAGUCAGCAUGAAGUUCAGCCCGGCUAACUUUUGGAGUGGUUAUUGGAAAUCAGAAUAUAUUUAUAAUCCACGUAGCAAGGAAUUGAAAGGCAAAAUUGAUGUUUCUGCGCAUUAUUAUGAAAAUGGAAACGUUAAGUUUAAAUUCUCCGAAUCCAUUAAUGAGGAGGCCGUAAAGGAUAUCGUAACAUCCAUCAAGAGAAUUGAAACGACCUUCGAUACCAAGUUGAAUGUUGGCUUUAGAAAGUUAAAUGAAACUCAAUUCAGCAAGCUAAGGAGACGACUUCCUGUCACAAGGUCUAAAAUCAACUGGGGGAAAGCCAUUGGCAACUAUAGGCUAGGAAAAGAUGCUACUAAGGGCAGCGAUUAA